AUGAUGUUGCUACAGCAGCAACAACAGCGCCGUCUGUGGGAUGCCACCAAAGCAACAACAACAACAAAAACCACAACUGGAUCACCAACUGCAACAACAACAUCGGCAGAGGCCACAGCAGAAGUCGGCAACAAAUUGGAUUUGAAUUUGGACGAUGCAGCUGCGAAACGUCGAGGCAUUCGUCUAAUUCAACGCAAGGAUCAGGAAGACACAAGACACGCAUUUAUGCGACACAUGUCAAACUCGCCGACACCGCCAUCUCCCCUGCGAUCUCUAUCAGACUGUGGCAAAAGCUACGAAGAGGAGGAGGAGGAGGACGACGAUGAUCUGGACGAGGAUGUUGCUCAAAACUUGAGCAGCAAACGUCGCGCCUCACGGCAACUGGAUGUGGCAAUGGAGAAUGAGGUGCUGAAUUUGGCUUCUCCGGCGCCUAAGCGCUUGGCCCUCGAGCCUCAAACACCUGAGCCGCAGCCGGCUGCAGCAACAGCAGCAGCAGCAACUGCCACGCCUCCCAUGGGUGUGCCGGCGCCUUUGGGCUUUGGACCCGAAGACAUGCAGCAGGCACUGCAGCUCCAGCUGCAUAGCUAUAUUGAGAUGGUUCGUCAACUGGCACCCGAGGCCUUUCCCAAUCCCAAUCUGGCUACGCAAUUUCUGCUACAGAAUUCGCUGCAAGCCUUGGCCCAAUUCCAAGCGCUGCAGCAGCUCAAAAUGGAGCGAGAAAGGGAGCAAGUGCAGCCGGUGCCGAGUGAGAUAUUGCCCACACGGCACUAUUCCACGCCCCUGAGCAAAAGUCCGCUGCGCAGUCCGUCGCUCAGUCCAGUCGGCCGUCAAUUAGAGCCCCAGCAGCGCACGCCGCCCAAUUCCUUGGGAGGAUUGGGAUUAAGCAGCGCUGUGCUAACACCAAAUACGCCCAGCAUGCAGCAGCAGCAACAGCAGCAGCAAUCGACGGCAGCUGCUUCCAGCUCGACGCCCAAGCCCUUGAAUAGCGGCGCCACCGUAGCCGCUGUGAUGGCCACCAAGCUGGAGCAAUCCCCAGAGGAGACCACAGAUCUGGAGGAGCUGGAACAGUUCGCCAAGACCUUUAAGCAGCGACGCAUCAAACUGGGCUUCACGCAGGGCGACGUGGGUCUGGCCAUGGGCAAGCUCUACGGCAACGAUUUCUCGCAGACCACCAUCUCGCGCUUCGAGGCGCUCAAUCUGAGCUUCAAGAACAUGUGCAAGCUGAAGCCCCUGCUCCAGAAGUGGCUCGAAGAUGCCGAUACGAGUGUGGCCAAGUCAGCCGGUGGCGUCUUCAAUAUCAACACAAUGACCACCAAUUUAACCACCACACCGGAGAGCAUAUUGGGCAGGCGGCGCAAGAAGCGCACUUCGAUAGAGACCACAAUAAGGGGAGCACUGGAGCAGGCCUUUAUGCACAAUUGUAAGCCCACCUCGGAGGAGAUCAAUCAGCUGUCGGAGCGCCUGCAUAUGGAUAAAGAAGUUGUGCGUGUUUGGUUCUGCAAUCGCCGGCAGAAGGAGAAACGCAUCAAUCCCUCCCUCGAUCUGGAUAGUCCGACGGGCACGCCGCUGAGCAGCCACGCCUUUGGCUAUCCCCCACAAGUGCUCAAUAUGUCCAAUGGACACAUGCUGCUCGAAGCUAGCGGAGGAGGAUCACAUUGCGGUAGCUCCAUUAGCUCGGGAGAUUGAGAGAUUGAUCGUAAUUCAGAUUGUAUAUAAAGCGAGUGAUGCUCUCCAAAUCUUCCACAAACAUUCCAAAAAU